AUGUCCGAGACCACAUCACGAGUCGUGGAGGCCACAUUCAAGGCGCCGGCAUUGCAGGUGUCGGAGUGGGACAGGCAUCGGUCGCUUAUUACGAGGUUAUAUACCACAGAGCAUAAACCGUUGAAGGAGGUUAUUUCGAUUCUCCAUGAGCAGCAUGGUUUCAUUGCCACACCUCGUCAGUAUAAGCAACGUAUCAAGGCAUGGAACUUGAGCAAGAACCUGAAGUCAGAAGAGAUAGAGUACGUACUACGAAGUCUUCCGAAAGAUCAGCUGCAAGAUGCAAUCAUGGAUCCAAGCCAGUCCGCCGUUACGGUAAAAGGCAGAACCCUGCGCCUUUCGUUGCUACAGCGAUACCUACGGCGGACACGUGUUUCACAAACACCAAAGCGCUGUAGCCCAGCUUCGUCGACGCGCCCACAGUCAGAUGCCUCUUCUUCUCAUGGCUCAUUUAGAAAACUCCCGCAGGCCCAGACUCCUCUACCAGACAAUUGCAACGAGUCAGCUCCAGGGAAGAUUCAGUUACUAUCCACAUUACCUUCCCAACCACAGACAUCCUGUUCAAUUACAACAAGUCCUCACCAUGUGUCUCAGAGCUCUCACGAAUUCGAAAUGGAGGAUGACUCGUUCCUUGCGGGCUUCAAGCGUUUUAGCGCGCCUUCUACCACUGAGAAACGUACCAAUUUGAGCGAGGAGGGAGAUGACGAUGCUCGAAGGAAACGCCGCAGAGUUCCAGCAAGGAAUAUGGCAUCGUCAACAGGAACGAAAACAUUGGCAUGUCCCUUUUACAAGCACGAUCCUCAGAAAUACAACCCCCAGAAUGAUAACAUCAGUUCCGCUAUGCGCUACAGAACUUGCGCAGGCCCAGGGUGGGAAUCGAUUUCGAGACUGAGACAACAUCUUUUCCGUGCUCAUAUUGCUGCUAAGCACUGUCCUCGAUGUAACCUAACACUUCACUCGAGGAGCGAGAUUGAAAAUCAUGCACAGGACGGCUGUAGUGAUCAAUUGAUUGACUUGAACUCUUCUCCCGAGGCUAUUUCGGAAGAACAACAGCGUCAAUUGAGAAGGAAGCAGCCGUCGAGUCUCACCAAGGAAGAUAGUUGGCUACGCAUGUAUGGCAUCCUCUUUCCCCACGACUCGAAUAUACCCAGCCCAUAUUACCAAAGUGACAAAGAAAGGUCAAAAGACGCGACGCACGUUUCACUUUCGCUGGACCAACCUUCCCCUGAGACUCAGCAAAUUGAUUGUCUGGUCCGGUAUUUGUGCAGAAUUCUACCAGACAAGGUUUUGAACAGAUUGCAAGGACAGCCGAAGGCAGAAAGUCACUCCAUCUGGACGGAAACAUUGAAUGCAACAACUCUACAAUUCGCAGAGAACCCAAUUCAACAGUGCUCACGAACGCACAAUGAACCACACACUGAGGCUCAUUCAUGCAACACCGGUCAAUACUCAGCCACUGAAGAAGGGCUGAAGACAGUCAUAUCUGAGGGUGUUCUCGAGACGUGCAGCGAAUGGUUAAGAACUCGCAUGGAACAAGAUGACGAUAGCGAUGAAGAAAAGUCCGAGUACGAGAACGAGCAGAGCCGGUCCAGUAGCAGCCUGCAGGACCUGUCUCUUGCUCCGAUCACGACUGUGCCAGAUCAGUGGAAUCGGUAUGCUGAAACCCAAACACCCGGGGAUCAUCAUUUGGCGCCCUCAAGCACUGUGGUAAGCGACUACUGGAGCCAACCAAUAUUUGAUUUUACUUCCUGUGCUAGAAAUCUCAACGCGACUACGGGGGCACUUCUCGGAUCGACACACAUGCAACUACAAGGAAAACGAUUAUCGCUUCCAUCCGCACAGCCAGGUUGGGUGCAUGGUGGCAUCUUUGACGGUCCUGCCGGUGGCACCCCUGGAGACUGGAUCUGGUCAUCCACCAAUCUCUCAGCAGAUCCCUCGACAUCUUGA